CUGUACAAGUUUCUCCUCCCAUAGGCGACUUCGCACGAUGGCAAUGUUGAGCAAUGUAGCGUUGAUCAAGAUCAUGUGACAGACAGACAGACACUCAACAGCACUGAUCAUAGAAACAUCAGGAGUUUCCACAGCGCGCGGCGACACACACUGAACAUUGCGCUGCUGUAAACCGUUAUUCAACUUCUGUCUGAACGGCGGCUCGGUGAAAGUGCUGGAGUGAAACUACAUGGAACAGCCUGGAUCUAAAAAACGGUUGGGGGACGAUAAAAACAUCCGAAGGUUGAAGUGAGUGAGUGAGACGCGCAAAUCUCAGCGGGCAUGCGGGAGUUUUUGGAGUUAUUUGACGGCAAACAUUUCGCAAACAUUUAAGAACUGUCGGGAAGGUUUUUUUUUCCGUUUUUGCUUCAAGUUCAACGAAAAACUAAACCGUCAGCUCAUGGUUGUGGGUGAUUUGCAACGUUGUGUUUGAAAAAGUAGCAGCACCAAGGCAAGGCAAGACUUCGUUUACUGGAGUAACGUUAAAUAAAACGGGGGAAACAGAUUAAAUCCCUCCGUCCGGCGUUUUUGUGGGGGAAGUCGUGUAUUUUUCCGUAACUCGUGUAUUGCUUGAAGGCUUUUGAAGGUAUUUCAAACAUGGUUGGGGAAAUGGAAACGAAGGAGAAGCCCAAGCCGACUCCUGAUUAUCUGAUGCAGCUCAUGAACGACAAGAAACUGAUGAGCAGCCUGCCAAACUUCUGCGGCAUCUUCAACCAUCUCGAGCGACUCUUGGAUGAAGAGAUCGGUCGGGUACGGAAGGACAUGUACAAUGACACGCUGAACGGCAGCACAGACAAAAGGACGUCUGAACUCCCGGACGCUGUGGGGCCUAUCGCACAACUCCAAGAGAAACUCUAUGUGCCUGUCAAAGAGUACCCAGACUUUAAUUUUGUGGGAAGAAUCCUGGGGCCCCGCGGCCUGACUGCCAAACAACUGGAGGCCGAGACGGGCUGCAAGAUUAUGGUGCGAGGAAAAUGCUCCAUGAGAGACAAAAAGAAGGAAGAGCAGAACAGGGGGAAACCGAACUGGGAACAUCUGAACGAAGACCUCCACGUCCUCAUCACUGUGGAAGAUUCUCAGAACCGCGCUGAGAUCAAACUCAAGAGAGCCGUGGAGGAAGUCACGAAGCUGCUGGUCCCUGCGGCGGAAGGUGAGGACAGCCUGAAGAAAAUGCAGUUGAUGGAGUUGGCCAUACUCAACGGCACAUACAGAGACGCCAAUAUCAAGUCACCGUUAGCCUUCACGCUGGCCGCUACCGCACAAGCUCCCCGUAUCAUCACAGGCCCCUCACCGGGCAUGCCCCACGGGGCCCUGCGUACCCCCGCACCCUCUGCCCCCACCCUCAUGCCCCUCAUCCGACAGAUCCAUACCUCUGCCCUCAUGCCCACGGGCACGCCCCACCCUGCCACCCUCAUAUCCCAGAGCCCGGAAUCGGGCAUCAUCUAUGCACCCUACGAAUACCCCUACACCUUGGGACCUGCAACCUCCAUCCUUGAAUACCCCAUUGACUCCAGUGGUGUUUUAGGUAUGGCUUUCCCAACAAAAGGCUAAAAACACUGAGAGGUGUAACAGUCUUCAACCUAUACGAGUGUUAAACUGCUUUGCUUUACAGCUGCUUUGGAACAAAAACAGAGAAAAGUGCAAAUGAAAAUUCCGUUUAAAAAAAAUAAGAAACAAAAGACUAUAGGUCACCACGGCUCAUGUUUACACUGGUCUUAACUGAUAUUUUCAGAUAAAUUCUGAUAAUUAAGCCUUUUAUUACAUUCCUCUGUUUGAAACGUAAUGUAAUCUAUAUUUGUUUAGCUUGUAAUAUUUGCAUUACUUGUAACUGUUUCCUAGACAUAUAAAGUGAUCAGUAUUAUUGCUAAAGUAACAUAUUUGUGAAAAACAUACUACAUUAAGUAACCCGUAGUGAAAUUAUUUCUGAGGCAUCUAGGUGGAAAUCAGGGCUCUAUUAUCAUGGUAUCAAUUACUUAAAGCGUUAAAAGCAACACCAGUUUUUUUUUUGUAGGAUGUGAAUUUUGCCAUGAUGGGGCCCUUAUAAAAAAGAAUGUUCACUAGUGCCUUGCUAAUUUGCUUUUACAAGCCUUGUUAAACACUUCUAGUGUUGAUUGAAGUGUAGUGUUCAUGUGUUUUGAUGAAUAAUCUGAUUUUAACUCUUGUUUUGUUGGCAAUGUUGCGCUCUGAGCAGGUGCCGUGACUACUAAAGUACGAAGGCAGGAUAUGCGCGUCCAUCCUUACCAAAGGGUAGUGACCGCAGAACGAGGUUAGUUUAGCUCCAGUGUAAAAGCUGUGCUGUGUGUGUGUCUGUGAACAGAUGUUUCAAGUAUGCUGAUCGCACUGUUUCAUUGCAUCUGCCUUAAUGCAAAUAAGUAAUCUUAUAGUCAUUUCUAACCUGCCAAACAUUAAGAUGAGCUCGGCAUCAUUUGAAAGUGGUGAUGCUGUUGUCUGUAUAAUACAUUCCAAUCCAUCCGCACAAAUCUGCCAACCUGAAUGCAUUGAAACUGUGGGUGUUAUCAGCUUACUUAGUAUUAUUUGAGCAUGUUCAAAAUACAAAAACUAUGCGUUGUUACAUGAAAAAUGUAAUUGAUUAUCGUAAUAGGCUAUGACAGUUUAUGACAAAUUCCAGAUUUAGUGUGAUAUGAUAAAUCUAGCACUUACAUGGUUUAAGUAUUGAAACAAACAUGAUUUAAAACUCAGUGGCAAGGGUCGAUAGAUAUUUGGACACUUUAGUCUCAUAAAAAUGCAAAAAUGUCGUUGCAUAAUAUAAAAAUCAUCAAACCAUUUGGUAUGAAAUUUAGGCCUUAAGUACAACGUUAAAACAUAGUUUGUUUUAAAUGUCUAUAAAAUAAAUUUAUCGUUCAAAAUUAGUACAAAAAUUCUGGAUUCAUAGUUAAAGUGACCAGAACUGUAUGAAAACAGUAAAAAUGACAUUGAAACUUAUUGGUUAGGAAAUGUAUGUUCUGAGAAAAGCUGUAGCAUCAUUUGUUUACAGAUGCCACUUGGUUUGAUAAUUUGUUAUCUAAUGUAAUGAAACUUAUUUUGAGUUUGAUUCAUAGGGACAGUUCACCCAAAAAGAAAAAAUGAUGUCAUCAUUUACUCACCCUUGAGUUGUUACAAAUCUCUAUAAAUGUCUUUGUUCCGAUGAACAUAGAUAUUUGGAAGAAUGCUUGUAACCAAACAGUUCUUGGUCACAUUUAACUAGCAUAGAAGGAACAUUUACAAUGGUUGUCAAAAAAAAAAAAAAGUGGGGCAGGCCUAAUGGUUAGAGAGUCAGACUCGUGACCAGAAGGUUGCCGGUUUGAUUCCCAGGGCCGGCGGGUAACGACUGAGGUGCCCCUGAGCAAGGCACCUUACCCCUACCUGCUCCCCGGGUGUACGUGUGUUCACCACUUGCUGUGCGUGUGUUCACUACUCUCUGGAUGGGUUAAAUGCAGAGGUCACAUUUCGGGUAUGGAUCACCAUAUCUGACUAAUAGGUCACUUUCACUUUACAUUCUUCAAAAUAACUUAUUUUGUGUUCAACAGAACAAAGACAUUUAUAAAGCGAUUUUGGUGGCCAAGAACUGUUUGCUUUCCUACAUUCUUCUAAAUAGCUUUCCUCAGUGGUUAGAGUGUGGCGUUAGCAACGCCAAGGUCAUGGGUUCAAUCCCAGUGAUCGCACAUACUCAGAAACAAUUGUAUAGUGUAAUGCUUUGGAUAAAAGUGUCUGCCAAAUGCAUAAAUGUAUAUGUGUUCAUCAGAACUAAGAAAUUUAUACAGAUUUGGAACAACAUGAGGGUGAGUAAAUAAAGACAGAAUUUUCACUUUUGGGUGAACUGUUCCUUUAAGUGUCCAAAUACUUUCUGGAAUCUCUCUAGACCUUAAUACAGCUAGUUUAAUACAUACAAAGGUUCUACAGAACAUUUAUGGAGCGAAACUGCCCGUUCGGUGAGCUCUGUUACUCUGAUGAUAUAGUGAGAGCCUUUAGGCUCAUGGUCAAUGAAGUGUGAUGGAGCUCACAGGUUUCAUCUCUUUAUUUCUUCAUUUGUCAUUUCUUUGAUAUCAUUCUCUCAGCAUAUUUUAAGGAAACUGUAUUCUAGCUAUUCUUAAUUGCAAUUAAUUGAAUCGUUUUGUCUGCACUCAACAAAACUGUUUUUGCAUUUCAUUUGGGGAGUAACAUAAAAUUAUAACUAUAAUUUAGUUUUUUUUAUAACAAGCAUAAAUUUAUCAUGGUCCAGCCUGGUCAGACCAUCAUGAAUUAAAGCUAAUGAAAGGAAAUUCAAUGCCAUUUUUCUUGAUUUACAGUAUGAAUGGAUGCUUAACCAUAUUUAUUGAGAAAAUUCAGUAUUCCAUAUUUCAAUUAUAAGCUGUUUUGUUUUUCUCAUUUUUUCCCAUCGUGUGAUUUACAAAGCAUUUUUUUUCAUAAUAGUGCGUACACUGUUUGAAACCUUUUUUUACAUAUAUUAUUUAUGCAUUUUUACUACAGUUUUUAUUUGUAUAGCUCGACGGAUUUUUAUUAGGAUAAACUAUGAAGUCUGUGGCCAGAAUCGUUGAGCACAUUCAAGCAAACUCUUAAAAUGCCUUACAUGGAAAUAAACUGGAUCUAAGGGAACUACAUGAUCAGCUUUUAAAGACAGCUGUAAUGAAACUGAUAUUUAAAAAAACACAUCGUUGUGCCAAAACUGUACAUAAAAUAACUAGGACUCCUGAGAGAAACUGUAAACGUGAGAAUCUACUGAUCAAUAUAAGUAAAUUUCAUACCUGUAAGACCUUAACAUGUAAUAGUCCAAUACAACUGACCAAUUUAAUGCAUAACAAUUGUGAAAUUGCACAAUAAGUCAAAUCUAUCUUGUGUGGUUUACUGCCCAUAUAGCCUUAGAAAGAACUCCAGGUUUUGUUCUGUAUGUUGCAGUAUAUUAUGUUUAAGGUCGUGUGGAUGAGAAAUUCUCAUUGUACCAGGUUUGGGUAGUACAUCGCACAAGAUAGACCAGACAGAUAUGAAGGUUAGAACUUGUUUGAGGAGGAAAAUCAUCAUAUGUGCUGCCUGAACAUUUACAGUGAUUUUCCAUUCAAAUAGAGCUGCUUUUGCUCAUAAAUGGAGAAAUGUAAAGGAGUGCUUAGGAUUGCUUUAAUCUCCCCAUCCAAGAACUUCCUCAUGGUAAAAAUAUGGCACAAAUAGUUUGCACUGAAGAUUUUAUAUCACCGGCUCUUAGGCGCGGACAGAGCUAGUGAAACGAGAAAAUACAAAACGGCAAAACCUCAGUUCAGAUGUUUAUAAGAGCAGGACGGUCUGUAAGCACAAGACCGACAGAUGAAAUAUUCCAGUUUUGGUUUUUUGUUUCUUUUCUCUGUUGUUUUGCAGUACAUUUCUUUUGAAUUUUGUCAUAUGUAUGGAAAAGAACCAAGUUAUCGUGUGUGUGAUCUUUUUAAAUACGUUUAUGAAAGCAAUAUGUUUAACUAUAAAGCAAGAACAUUUAUGAAAUUUUAUUGUAUUUGUAAAUGAAUAGGAAAGUUAUGCUAGUGAACAUGUAGGCGGAGAGAACAAUGCCAUGUUAUUAAAGGGGGUACGUUUUUAGGAUGUCGUACCAAUGGUGGUCUUAUAAGCUGCAGGCUAAGAGUUUGUCAGCUUGCGGAACAAGUCGAUUUGUCUUUCUAAUUGUUUUCUUGUGCUGUAGCCCUAAAUUUCAGCCAAUAUGCUUUAGAUUCAAUGUGUUUGAGUAGCAUUCUGUAUUUUUUUGUAAAUAGUCCAAUUUUAAAGGCAAUAAAGUUGAGUUUUAAAAA